AAAUAAGAAAAAAUUAGCUGUACGCGCGUACAAAUAAUGCCUACCAAAAAAUUAAUAAAAAAGUAAUUGUAUUAAUUUUUUUUAUUAUUACAUGUAUUUGAUGUUGCAUGGAACGAUUGAUAGUCAAAUAGUGUGUAAUAUUACUCUUGAUGGUUAAGUAAUUCUCUGGUUACAGCAAUAUAUUAUGGGAUAAUAAAUAAUAGUAUAUUGAUAAAAUGGAAUCUUGUGGAUUUGGAAAAGUUUUAAAUGAUAAAUGUCACAAAAUCUGUUUUAUUCAAAAACAAGGAUUAAAAGAUUUUUGUAAUCUAGAAAAGGAUUUUCAAGAUACUUAUAUUUGGAGGUCUGGCUUGCUUGAGAUUACAUUAGAAGAAGAUUUAAAGUCAAUUUGUUUUCAUCAUAAGCAGGUUUUAGGACCAAUAUUUCUACUAAAGAAUGAUAAGUGUUGUUAUGUUUUAAAGAGAUACAAAAAGAAAGUUAAAGAUGCUGAAUACAAAGAGUAUGUUUUGGAAAUCAGGUGCUGAAACUGAUAAUGAUUUAAGUAUUAAGAUGUUGCAUUAAGGUGAAAAGAAUUCUUUCUUUUAAGCAUUUUAAUGUUGUGUAAGAGAAAAAUAUCAAACUUAUAUUAUAUCUUCUUAAACUGUCUUCGGAAAAUCCACUCGAUUUCUCAAUAUUUUUAGUAUUGAUUAGGUAUUAAAGUUGUUUGAAAUAAAAAAAAAAACUUGGUAUAACACAACCUCGCCGUGUUACAGUUGCUACUGUUGCUAAUAGAGUAACUAAAAACUUGGAAGAAUAUGUAGUAGGAUAUUCAAUUCGUGUUGAAGACUGCAUCGAUAAAGAUUUGAUAAAAAUUAAAUUACUAAUGAUUAUUUGAUAAGAAAAAUGAUGAUUUAUUUUUUGUUUUUUAAGUACAGCGUUUUAAUGUUAAAUGAAGUUUACGAUCGGACACUUUAUAUUGACGUUAUAACUGGAUUGCUUUAGUAAACUUUGUGCCAACAGCCGGAACUUUGAUUGAUUAUUUCUUUCGCUAAACUAGAUUUUGAAAAAUAUCAAAAAUAUUUUACUACUUCCAUUAUAUGGUGACUUACUCUUGGCUGAGCAAUUAAAUAUUUUUCGACGUACUCCUCCAAAUACCAGUAAAAAUUUUCAUCGAUUAAUGUUGCUGAAGCCUCAAUUAAUAUAGACGGUUUAUAAUAUAACCAAUAUCAUAACUGGUAUUGUUUAUAUUUUAGACUCAAUAUCGACGGUUUAUACCAAAACCAAUGCCAUAACUGGUAUUGCUUAUGGUAAAGACUCUUUUUUUUGUUAAUUUAAAAGCAUAAAAUGCUGCAUCAAGAUUUAACUCUCUUGUGAUUAUACCUAUAUUAAAAGCAUCAGCUGAUCGACUAUCAGGAUGAUUGUUAGGGAAUCGUGCAGUAAAAGCAUAUCGUCUCUAUCCAGAAAGUGAGUUUGAUAAGUUUAUUCAUAAUUCCAGAGAUACAAAGAACUUAUUUAGCCUCCGUUAUUUUACAAUUAAAAAGUAUAGGAAUAAGUGAGUUAUGAAGGUAUUAUUGAGAAUUUUCUAAAAGCACCACCAGCUCAGGUGAUCAUAACAAUUAUAAAAGUUUAAAUGCUUUACUUGUGUUCAGCUUUAUUUUUAUAGUUGGAGUUUACUUGAAUUAUUUUACGUUAGUAUUUUCACUCAAAAAUAUCAGCAUAAAAUUAUGAGAAUUUUCAGACAAAUGUAAUCCUUAAAUUAUAUUACCAUAAGUUAAUGCAAUAAUUUCCCCCUUGCAACAAACAUGUUUUACUUUCGUAAGAUAAUUAUAGUUUUCUUUUUAUUAAGUUAUAUAAAAUCAGGGCCGUCCCGAAGAGAUUUUAAUGGUAGGGGGGGGUGUGUGUGACGUAUCUAUUUUAUGCCCAGUAAGACCUAGAAUUUUGUUUUUUUCCGACUAUGAUAAAAAAAAAAGUCGACUGCCAACUAGAUUUGCAGAUUAAAUUUUGCAGACUCCAGUAUCCAAUUUGCCGACUAUUAAUUUCCUAGAAAGGUUUGACACCACAUACGCCCCUCGGGACGCCUCUGUAUAUCAUAUAAGUCAAUAUUUUGCAUUAUUAUUUUUUUUCAUCUUUUAAGAAUCUUAUUAAGUAAUGGAAUGUAAUUUUUUACAAAUACCACACCAUGUAAUUGCAAAUAUUAGUGAAUGGUUAAGUAUUGAUGAUAUUAAAUCGAUUCGUCUUACUUGCACUACGUUAUACCGUCUUAGUUUUUGUAAAGAAGUGCUUCAAAGAAUUCAUCUCCAACCACGGUGCAUCAGUGAAAGAUUGAUCAUAUUUAUAGAAAAGCUUCUUCAUGGAAAAUUUAUUCGUAUGUCGCUUCAUAAAUUAAAUUCAGCUGGUGCUCUUUGUUUAAUAAACAAAUUACCAAAUAUUACAGAUUUGACAGUAGGAGCGCAACAUUUAUCGAUUGUUAGCUCGUCGUGUAAAUUUAUACGCAGACUUGCCUUGGUUGAUGACAAGCUCGUGUUUAUUCCUGAGGAAACAGAUGUUUGCGACGAAUAUUUUCAAAGUCUUAAGUUAUUAGAAUUUCUAUCAGAAAUUACAUUAUAUGGUUGCCACCAAGUAUACUCAAUCGAAGUUAUUUCUCAAAUUGUAAAAUAUUCAAAGAACCUCUGCCUUUUCUCGUUAAACUUUCUGACUUUGUCUACCCCUAAAAAAAAUAGAAAGCCAAUACUUCAUGCAAUAUUGAACUCGAGUCAUGUCCGCCAUUGGAAAUUUCAAUCUGUGAUGUUUUUGUCCAACUCAGCUAUUGUUUUACCUUUAACUACUCUUACGUUUGAAUGUAUCGACACAAUACUAUCGCCAUUAGAUGAGCGACACAACCAAAUAGAAAAAAUUCUUCUUGAUGGUAUGAUACCCUACAAUGCUAAGUUCUGGGGAAAAAAUAAUUUUGUAAAUCUGAAAUCGCUAGAAAUAAGAAAAGCGUUUUUUUAUCAUUCAAAACUUCCUCUUUGUUCGUGUUUAAAAUUUUUAAAACUGGUUGAUUGUCAUGCGUCUUUAAAGUAUAUCUUGGAACUCUCGCGUGCAGUUGAAGUUUCGUUGAAACGUUUAUCAGUACAAGCGUAUGAUUCGUUUGAUGAUAUUGCCAUUUUAAAGAUAUUAUCAAAGUUCAAGUUCUUAGAAGAACUCGAAUUAGUUAACAUGGAAAAGUUAACAAUUGCUAUAUUUUUAGAAAUAAAACACAAACAUUUAAAAGUUAUACGUUUCAAAGGAUGUAAAAAAAUCGCACUUUCAAACGUCGAGUCUAUUAAAAAUAUGGUAACUUUUCGCAUUGAUGUUUCUGAUACAUUUAGAAAAGAUUCAAGUAUUUUUUUAGUUUGGUAAAUUUCUAUACAUAAUGUUUAUAUAGGCAAAUAUGAUAACAGUUUUUUAAAACAGACAAAUGACAAAUAACUAAU